CAAAUCUUUCUCCAACGCGCAGCUGCCAGGUACGCGACACUGAAACAGAUUUCGGUGCUGUAACACAUGGCAAGCACGAACACCGUGGCUGGGCCAUCUACCUCUAUGAUCUUGCCUAACACGUUUUCUGAUUACGCGACCUCCGUGCAAUCGGCUGCACUGGCUACAACUGGUCUUGCUGCUACUACACUACCACAAGACAUAGAAUUCCAUCGUUCUAUACAUGUGUCAUUUGCUGCAGAGCUUGACUCGCUUUCCACACGAGUCCUCCGGCUUACCAACCGGCUUGUGCGACUUGCAGGCACUGUGGGUAGCGGUACUACGGGGCGUGGCACACUGGAUGACGAGGAGGACGUCUUGGAUGGUUUCAAAUCUCUGAUCGUUGACCCGGUGGAUAGACUUCUCGAAAGGACGGACAUGUGUUUAGAUGAUUAUUUGGGGCGUAAGAAAGAGCCUGCUAUCGCUGUUCCCGCUCUACCGAAUCAGAGUAACAAUUCAUCAAAGAAAACCCCAGCCCAGAGAGGACGCCUCGACCCUGCGCUUCAGCAUGCUUCUCAUUUACCAAAGCCUCAACUGCUGUUCAAUACAAAAGUGGACAACCAUAAUGAUUCGCCGUACAUCCCGGCCCGUACUCUUGAACACAAGUGGUGUGCCCGUGUCCCGCUUGGAUACAUAUUCCAUGACCAAGACGAGAGUGGGAGCAUGGACGAGGAAGAAAAACAAAAGCUAUCGGCGCACCCCUACUAUUAUGAGCUCACCCAUCCAGCGUUCCCUACACAUCUCUUCCAUCCGACCCCUAUCACCAUUCUACCUGCUUCUCUCACAGGGACCGACGUCUCGAAGCACACAUACGUCUCGACUCCAUCUGCUCUCUCGGCGAUGGCUACAAAACUCAAAGCAGCAAAAGAAAUUGCUGUUGACCUUGAACACCACUCAUACCGUACAUACAGAGGGUUUCUUUGCUUGAUGCAAAUCAGCACACGUGAGGAGGAUUUCAUAAUCGACUUACUGGUACCAAGUGUGCGGGAUUCAAUAAGCAACGCACUUGGUGAAAUUUUUGCAGAUCCAGAGAUUGUCAAGGUCUUCCAUGGCGCAGAGAGUGAUAUUGUGUGGCUUCAACAAGACUUCAAUGUUUUUGUAGUUGGACUGUUCGACACAUAUCAUGCCUCAAAGGCGCUAGACUUUCAGAAGCAUGGCCUUGCAAAUUUACUAGAGGCAUUCUGCGACUUCAUACCUGAUAAGCGGUAUCAGCUUGCCGAUUGGCGCAUUCGUCCAUUGCCAGAGGAGAUGCUCACGUAUGCACGCUCUGAUACUCACUUCCUGCUAUAUAUCUAUGAUCGACUUCGACUCUCCCUUAUCGAGCGUGCGCAGACGAUGACUGCUCCAGAAGCAUCUCUGUCGACCACAAUAUCUACUAUAAUCAAGGGCAGCAUAUCUGACAAGCCGGCGCACGUGCUACUGAACGACGUGUUGGCGCGUUCGACUCGCACGGCAUUAAGGUUAUAUGACCGCGAGGCAUACGAUGCAGAGCUCGGCGUUGGUACAGGUGGUUGGGAUACACUUGCGCGGAAAUGGAACAAGAGUGCAUUGGCCAACAGUGCUAGCGAGAUUAAUGGUGUACGAGGUGGUGUAACUGGAGAGGUGUAUAGGGCAUUGCAUCGGUGGCGGGAGAAUAUAGCAAGGGAGGAGGAUGAAAGUACGAGAUAUGUUCUGCCAAAUCACCAACUUUUCACCGUAGCCGAGCGGUCACCUUCCAAUGCUGCCCAGCUCCUUGCGCUCUUCUCACACGCCAGCGUUCCGCCUGUCUUACGACGAAGAGCAGGCGAACUUGCAGAGGUCAUCAAGUCCACUGUGGAACGAGUGACAUCUUCAGGUGUUGUUGUUGAGGCCCCCAUGGUUACUACAGACGUCAAAAUAGUCAACUCGGCUGUCUCGAAUGAAGUUGUUGAUGAAGUAACUGCAAAUUCCAGACUGUGGGGGUCUGUGAAAGUUUCGUCUCCCUCAGUUGUUCAGCGCGCAUCAUCCUCGUCUCUUUUCGGCCCGCGGACCGCAGCGGCCGACGAAGGAAGUUCAUACUCGGCUUCGCGAAGUUCAUUAUUCGGCUCCUCAUUAACUUCUCACACGACGCCUCAAAGUUCAGCACCAAUUAUAUCGGCCAAUAGGAAGAAAUUUCAUGACCUCGUGACACGGAUACACCGGACCCUCGUCAUUGCACCCAACCAACCACAGAUUAUCAAAGUCGGUUCUCAGACAAUCUUCCAAUCCAGCACCUCCUCGGGCUCUAUCACAACACAACCAGCGACGCCCGUCUCUACCCUGGCUUCAGCAGAAGCGCCUGACGAAACCACUAUCCUUGGACAAGUAGAAAUCCCGUUCAUUCCUCCCGAUCAGCGACACCGUCUUGCCCCUGUUUCAGAUGAUACCAUUGUAGUCGUGGGUCAGGCCAGGCAGAAGAAGCGCAAACGGAUCAAGUCCACUGUUUUGGGCAAACCUCAAACUGGAGACCAGGACGACACGGGCGAGGACGAGGCAUUCGAUUAUGCGACAGUGCCGAACCUGCUCGAUGAUGUGCCACCAGCCCCUGAGGAGCUCGACACGAGGAAGAAAAAGAAGCAGAAAGCAAAGGGUACUGGAGUCGUAGAGUACGGCAAUUUUCGCGCACCACCGCGGGAUAUGCGCGAGGUUAAGAGUGGUAACAAAACUCAUACAUUUAGAUGACAAUUCAUCAGAAUAACGUUGUAUCUGUGCUUUCACAUCCUGGCAGGUGUUGUUUAUAUGCUAUGUCGCUCCUAUGUGCGAUCUCGACAACAUCA